AUGAUCAUCUUUAUUUUACCACUAAUCUUCACAGCGGCUCUUGCUACGGCUAAGCCACUUCAAGAGCGCGCUGAAUGCCCCAGCAUUGUCUCUAAUUUUGAUGACCUCGUCUCUGCAGGGCCUCGCGCGGCUGCAAGGCCUGUGAAUACCUACAACGGACUCAAGUACCAGGACUUUUUUUUCGAAGAUCCUCAUGAUGUAACUGGACAAGUACCUUAUGGUUUCAUCCCAGCCUCUGGUAGUAAUGUUGGACUCUACUUUGGUGACUCGACUCCUAUCAUCAAGUCGAACUACAUCGGCUCUAAGAUUGCGUCUUUCGACCUUGAAUCGUUCAGCUUCGGUUGCGCACUUGGCUUGAAUAGCACUGCGUAUGGCAUCGCGCGUUGUAUUGUGGCAGUAUUCGGUUACAGGGGUGGUGCAAGGGUUGCGUCUCAAUCUUUCAACUUCCUCCCAACCACACGCCAGUCCACGGCAGAGUUCCUUACAGCUACUCUCAGUGGAGACUUCACGAAUCUCGACAAAAUUCGAUUUGGUACGGUCUAUGCCCCAUCCUUGGCCGCUGGCUCAGACCUUGCCAACGCUGGGUUUGUUGGGGCGACGUGGUUUGACAACAUACAAGCCACACUGCACACAAGUGGGACUGCCGCUUGCCCGGUUGUCAACUUGGGCACGACCACAUCAUCCCAUAUCUCUAGCACUACCUCCGCAGUUUCCUCAUCCAACAUUAUCAGCACGACUACGCCAAUCAUCUCGAUCAGUAGUGCUGUCAACAGUACCACGAGCUCUUCCCCAGAGUCUAUAUCUACAGGGUCUUUGGCGAGUUCGACCGAUACAUCUGCAUUUACCAACGUGACGCAGAGCUCAACCACAAGUGACGAAACCACAAGCGCAACCACAGUCAUCAGCCCAACGUUGACGUUGCCCAGUAUUACAGACUCGGCAACUUCGACUCUCGAGCCUACUUUGACAGUGUCCACUCUCUCGAUUAUCACAAAUUCAUCGACUUUCACAGAUAGCGCUUUGACAACUUCAAGCACCACGCAAACAACAACCAGCAGCGAUGAGCCAACGAUUACUGAGUCAACUAUCACUGAGUCACCGAUCACCAGUGAUGGACCCACAAUCACCGACUCGUCAAUCACGGAGUCUACAAGUGACAGCUCUACUACCAGUGAUGAUGUUACAACUACCGAGACAUCAUCAGAUUUUACGGUUACGGAAUCAAGCACUAGCGGAUCUGCAACUAUCAGUAUUGAUCCUACCUUCACCGAGCCAACUAGCUCGGAAUCGACGAUCACAGAAUCCGCUGCUGUGACCACGACAUCGAGCGAUGAGCCUACUGUCACUGAGACAAGCAGUGAAAAUACUAUUACCAGCGAUGAGCCAACCAUCACUGAGAGUACAACGACGAGUGAUGAGCCCACGAUUACAGAGAACACCAGUGAAAGUAGCACCUUCAGUAAUGAGCCAACCAUCAGUGAGCCUACGACCUCAUCAACGAUUACUGAUGAACCGACGAUCACUGGACCUACCGUCACUGAGUCCACGAUCACUGAUGAACCUACCAUCACUGAACCCACUAUCACUGAACCCACUAUCACUGAACCCACUAUCACUGAACCCACUAUCACUGAACCCACUAUCACUGAACCUUCGAUCACAGAAUCCACGAUCACUGAUGAGCCUACCAUCACUGAUGAGCCUACUAUCACGGAAUCCACGAUCACUGACGAGCCUACUGUCACCGAACCCACCAUCACGGAAUCCACGACCACUGAUGAGCCUACUAUCACUAGUGAAUCCACGACCACUGAUGAACCUACCAUCACUGAUGAGCCUACUAUCACGGAAUCCACGAUCACUGACGAGCCUACCAUCACUAGUGAAUCCACGACCACUGAUGAGCCUACCAUCACUGAACCUACGAUCACGGAAUCCACGACCACUGAUGAGCCUACUAUCACUAGUGAAUCCACGACCACUGAUGAGCCUACCAUCACUGAUGAGCCUACUAUCACGGAAUCCACGAUCACUGACGAGCCUACUGUCACCGAACCCACCAUCACGGAAUCCACGACCACUGAUGAGCCUACCAUCACGGAAUCCACGAUCACUGAUGAACCUACCAUCACGCAAUCCACGAUCACUGAUGAGCCUACCAUCACUAGUGAAUCCACGACCACUGAUGAGCCUACCAUCACUGAAGAACCUACCAUCACGGAAUCCACGAUCACUGAUGAGCCUACCAUCACUAGUGAAUCCACGACCACUGAUGAGCCUACUAUCACAGAAUCCACCAUCACGGAAUCCACGAUCACUGAUGAGCCUACUGUCACCGAACCCACCAUCACGGAAUCCACGACCACUGAUGAGCCUACCAUCACCGAACCCACCAUCACUGAACCUACCAUCACAGAAUCCACGAUCACUAAUGAGCCUACCAUCACUGAACCCACCAUCACUGAAUCCACGAUCACAGAAUCCACGAUCACUGAUGAGCCUACUGUCACUGAACCCACCAUCACGGAAUCCACGACCACUGAUGAGCCUACCAUCACUAGUGAAUCCACGACCACUGAUGAACCUACCAUCACUGAUGAGCCUACUGUCACUGAACCCACCAUCACGGAAUCCACGACCACUGAUGAGCCUACCAUCACUAGUGAAUCCACGACCACUGACGAGCCUACCAUCACUGAAGAACCUACCAUCACUGAAGAACCUACCAUCACGGAAUCCACGAUCACUGAUGAGCCUACCAUCACUGAACCCACCAUCACUGAACCUACGAUCACAGAAUCCACGACCACUGAUGAGCCUACCAUCACCGAACCCACCAUCACUGAACCUACCAUCACAGAAUCCACGAUCACUGAUGGGCCUAGUAUCACUGAACCCACCAUUACUGAAUCCACGAUCACAGAAUCCACGACCACUGAUGAGCCUACUAUCACUGAACCCACUAUCACUGAACCUACGAUCACAGAAUCCACGACCACUGAUGAGCCUACCAUCACUGACGAACCUACCAUCACUGAACCUACCAUCACUGAACCCACAAUUACUGACGAGCCAACGACCUCGUCUACAAUUUCUAUAGAGCCUCCCAUCACAGAUGAGCCCGCCACUCUCACCACUGAAACAACAAUCUCGACUUUAGUCACUACCACAUCCUCCCUUCCUCCAGCCGUCACGAGCCCCAGUUCUGAUUUUAACAUCACCAUUCCAAUUGACGGCCGACCUCCCUUGUCUACCAACGGCCGUUGCGGUACCGAGUAUCACGGUACAGAUUUCGGCACUCGCUGUCCUGGAACGCAGUGCUGCAGCUUGUGGGGAUGGUGUGGUGAUGGCGGUCUGUGGUGUGCGACUUGCCAGACUGACUUUGGAGCUUGCUUCAAGUUCGGCAACUUCAGAUUCAAGAUCCCUAACAACGUUACCUCCACGGAUCCAAAGUAG